CGCCGAAUACAUAUUCCCGUCAUCCAUCCUGUCAUCGUGUUUACGCUCGCAGGGGACGAUGUCCUUCGCUGCUACGAGCCGUGCGUUUCACGGAAAUGUUUAUUUUACUCGACUCAUCAGCCGUUGACAUCGGGACGCCGACAAAAGGUCGCGAUAUCCUUAAUAAAGGAUCGUAAUCUUCGCGUCGCAAACUUAACCUUGUACAUCGCUGAUCACGCGACAUCCCCCGAUCAUUGACUCCUGGGAAACGCGCGUCUGAUUGCUUCCUCGACAAAGAGAAAAAGAGGAUAUCGAGGUUAUCCUCUUAUCGCAAAUUAAGUCUCGACUUCAAGGAUUACGAAACAUUUACGAGAAUACCGUAGACAUGGCCGGCAACAGCGAGCUCUGGGUGCAAUGUUUCACGUGCUGCCUGACGCCACAGGCAACGAGAAACACUGGCAGACGGAAUAAUGGUAGACCGCAUCAGAGACUCAGGAUAGACCGAAGUAUGAUCGGCGUGCCCACAAACUUCCGGCACACGGCGCACAUCAGCAGCGGCGACAUCGACAUGUCGAUUGCCCAGUUGGCCGAUCUCCAGGCGCAAAUGCAGAGGAAGGGUGGCUACAACGGCGAUUUCGGCGCCAAGACCUGCUAAGAAGAGUAACUAAUGUCACAGAUGCAGCGGAGAAUAUUUAAUAUAAUAGACAGAGAGUGAGAGACACUUACAACAUGGCAAAACAACGACUGAUCUUUUAAUAUCCAUGUUCCUUACUCGUCAAAUAGACAACGAGUGCAUUUCUUUUGUAUGCACAAAAUUACAUUUGUACUGUAUUUUGCUUAGAGGAUUAAGACAGAUUUAUAUACAUUGGACAAAUCUUUGACUUCCACAUUCUGAAUAUACAAAUGUCAGAAAAAAUUAUUCGUAUUGCAGGUAAUUAUUUAUACGUUUUUAUAUCUAUAUGAAAUGUAUUUACAAACUUCGAAUAUUUUAUAAAUUGUGCCUUUGUCAGCGAUCUGACACUUAAUGUGAAAAAAAUAUGUUAUUACAAGAACGUAUAGAGAUCGUUUUUAUUUGUAAGAUUACUCGUAAGAUUUAUAAAAUACGACAUUAUUUUGUGUACUAAUGUAUAAGUAAUCAUAUCACAAAAUAUCACACACACAUGAAUAUAAUUCUGCAUUUCACAUUUCUUAUCUUAUUAUCGAAUAAUGUUCGCGUUUAAGAAUAUAGAAGAGCAUUUACGAUAUUUAUAUAAAAAUUGCAUCUCUUGUAGAAUAGAGAUUUGUAGAAUAGAUACUUCUGCCUCUGUUAAUUAACAUCACCGAUUCUCAAAAGCUGGUGGAAGUCUUGGGUAAUGCAACGAUUCUUUCGAUGUGUCGUCACUUUGUCAGAAACAUGAUCUUCGAUACAUAUUUCAAAAUACAUGAUUUUUUUAUUAGUAAAAAAAAAAGAAAAAAAACAUCGCAAUAAAAUACACUUCAACAAGCA